AUGGGAAUAAACUUGAAGCGUUCAUAUACGGGCAGCGUAUGCUCGUUGAUACGGGAAACGGCAGCCAAAAGGAUGCAGACUCAGGAAGCUACCAGAUGCUUCAUGAGUUUCGGCGAGUCUAAAGUAAAGGUGACACGUCAGGUCAACGUAGUUGCAACAAUCGACAACGUCAAACAUGAAGUGACAUUAUACCUAGUUCAGGACGAGUUAUUACUCUACGAUAUUUUAGUGGGUCAAGACGUUCUACAAAGUAACGGUUAUCAAAUGGUAAAUGGAAAGGGGGUGCUACAUCUACAAGAAGCUAAAAGAGUAGACCUUAACGUAUCCAGCGAUUUAUCGGAGCAGGAACGAGGCAAGGCAAUGAAUAUUUUGUUGACUUAUAAAAAUUGUUUUGCAGAAAGUAUCAACCAAAUCGGUAGAUGCAACAAUGCGCAUAUGACGAUAAAAGUUACUGUACCAGGGCCUAUUCUGGGCAAACGUUAUCAAGUUCCGUUCUCACAGCCACCAAUGUUGUCAAAGGUUUUAAAGGAACUGCUAGACAACGACAUCAUCAGUCCGAGUAAUACACCACACGCACCACCUCUUAGUGAAGAAGUCCAACGGCGAAAGUCGAAUGUGUAUUGA